UAUCAAAUGGCUCCUAAAAUAACAAAUGCCAACAUCUCUAGCCCAUCGUUUUCUGGCAAAAUCAAAAAACCAACAUCACCUCGUAAACAACAAUCCAACUUAAGCUAUAUUCUCUAUUUACAUUGCGAAGAGCUGAGACAACGUCGCAUGUCCAUGAUGCGAGUAUCACAAACGAAGUUAAUGUUAACCCACGAACUCAUUACAAAUACCAUUCAAAAUAUUGACAAAUGUUCGGCGGAAGAUCUGCAAUCGCUUAGCCGUGAAACGGUUUUUAAAAAUAAUCUUCAUCGUCACAUAGCUCGACAGAGGCAUCAUCAAUAUUUGCAAAUGUUAAGAAUGCGACAAAAGCAGAAUGUUACAGUGGCUCCAAGUGCGAUCAGUGCGCAGCAGAAGCAACAAGAACCAAGGGAGGAGAUAUCAUCAGCGCCUAGCAGUUAUCAGGCGGAAGCAAUGAAUUGAUAGAGGGUUUUUUGAAGACCUUAAAGGUUUUCAUUUUGUAUAUAUUUGUAAAUUAUUAGUUU